GUAGCCAUCUUCACAGUUUCAGAUCCUCCAUCCGAACUCCAUCGCCAUCAUCGACGCCUAACCUGCGGAAUUAUCGCCGGCGCCAACACCCCACCUACUCCGUCUGCGAUCCAGUCCCUGAGUCGAACUCAGCAGCGUCUAUACCGGAUCCGGCACCGUCUCGGAUCAGUCAUCCAGGAUUUUUAGAUCGAGACCCUCUCCCGCUUUGCAGCAUCUGCCAUGGCCGCACUACGAAUGAUAGAUAUUGCAGUUAAUUUGACAGACAGCAUGUUCAAAGGAAUAUACAAUGGGAAACAGUAUCAUCCUCCUGAUAUUCAAGCAGUUUUGAAGCGAGCCUGGGCUGCUGGGGUUGAUCGAAUCAUCGUUACGGGUGGCUCACUCGAGGAAUCAAAGGAAGCUCUUGCAAUUGCAGAAUCAGAUGCAAGGCUGUUCUGCACAGUAGGAGUUCACCCAACAAGAUGCAGAGAAUUCGAUGAGAGUGGGGACCCGGAAAAGCAUUUUCAAGCCCUCUUAACCCUCGCUAAAGAGGGCGUUCGUAAAGGAAAAGUGGUUGCCAUUGGAGAGUGUGGAUUGGACUACGAUAGGCUUCAUUUUUGCCCUUCUGAUAUUCAAAAGAAGUACUUCGACAAGCAAUUCGAACUAGCUUCUAUGAUGAAGCUUCCAAUGUUUCUUCACAUGCGAGCGGCUGCCUGCGACUUCUGUGACAUAUUUGAAAGGAACAAGAGUCAGUUUCUUGCUGGGGUUGUCCACUCUUUCACAGAUAGUUCAGAGGACCGAGACAAGCUUCUCGCGUUUGAUAAUCUUUUCAUAGGUGUGAAUGGUUGCUCUCUGAAGACUGAUGAGAACCUCGAGGUUUUGAAGGGCAUUCCUGUUGAUAGGAUGAUGAUUGAGACAGAUUCUCCUUACUGCGAGAUCAAGAACACGCAUGCUGGGACCCGUUUCAUGAAAUCUUUGUGGCCAUCUAAGAAGAAAGAUAGGUAUGAUGAGGAAUGCAUUGUGAAGGGGCGCAAUGAACCAUGUUUGGUUAGGCAAGUGGUUGAGGUUGUUGCUGGGGCUAAGGGCAUUUCUGACAUUGAGCAUUUGAGCAACACGUUGUUUCACAACACUUGCAGGGUUUUCUUUCCCCUCGACAUGGAUUCUGCAGUUGAUGCUUUUCUUGCCGGCAGCAGUGACAGAAGAGGGUGAAGAAGUGGAGAACUAUUUAUUGGUUUGAAAGAGUUUGCUGGUGGGAUUAAGCAGUAGAUAAACAUAAUGUUCGGAGAACGGCUCGUGUUUGGCUCAGGUUCGUUUGGUUAAUUUAUAGAACCAUGAAAUGAGACUUGUUUUAGAGCUCAAAUAUUAAGCAAACAGAGAAAGCUUCAACAAUGGAAAUCAGAGUUUCACAAAAGAUUGGGGUAAAUUUCACAAAUGGUACCUGAACGUUAGCUGGAAUUUCGAAGUAGUACCUGAACUUCAAAUCCUUUCACAAAAAUCCCUGAACUUACACAAUCCUUUCAAUGAGCCAUUAGCCCGUUUCUAGGUUAACUUCCGGUCAUUAGGGCCAAAUUCGAAUUUUAUAUAUUUUAAAAUUUUCAAUUUGACCCCAUUUCUUCUUUUCUUUUCUUCCACACCCCGCCGCCGCCCGCCGGUCAAAGUCGCCGGAAAAUGAACUUUUUCCGAUUCC